AAAAAUAAUCAUCAGCUACCCUUCAUAUAAAGGAAAUUCCUACCACACAUCAAACCAAAAAUUAGAGAAAGAGAGCUAAACCACAUAAUUUCACCAAAGUAUACCCUUAUUUGAAUAAAUCAUCCACUGCAACAUGGAACAGAACUUAAAUUUCUCCACAGCCUUUUUCAGCAAAUUACACUUCAUCAAGUGCUUCAGAUCCAUUUCUCAGGGCAUAUUCUUUUUAUGGAUUUUAAGAGUACCUGCAUCUGACUCUUUCUAGUGUUUCUGGCACACAUAUUGUCAGAAUACCACAUCAGUGUUUGAACAUGGAAAUCCUAAAUCCACUGUUAAUUCUGUGUCUUGUCUUUGGAGCCAAGGUAUUCUGUCAAUAUGAUUUCGAUGAAUUUGAAGAUGAAUUUGAAGAUGAACUUGAUAAUGAAUAUCCACUUGUUUUUCAUCAUAUUCCUAAUGUAGACUAUGUUAUUCCUUACCCAUCCAUACCUGCUGAAUGUGCCAAAGAAUGCUUUUGCCCACCUGCUUUCCCAAGGUCAAUGUAUUGUGAUCAUCGUAAACUCCAGACAAUACCAAACAUUCCUUCUCACAUCCAACAGCUCUAUCUGCAGUAUAAUGAAAUUGAAGCUGUCCUUCUGGAAUCCUUUGUGAAUGCCACUGCCUUGAGAGAAAUUAACCUUAGCCACAACAAGAUUAAGUCUGAUAUGAUUAGUACUGGUAUCUUUGCCAAACUUUCAAACUUAGUACAACUCCACCUAGAGCACAAUCUGUUGGAAGAAAUUCCAUUUCCUCUGCCCAGAGGCCUAGAACGUCUGAUCCUUGGUUUCAAUAAAAUGGCUAAGAAAUCUGCACAAGCCCUGGAAGGGUUGGAAAAUGUGACUAUGCUUGACCUCUGUAACAACAAUCUAAUUGAUUCUGAAAUAAAAGGGAAACACUUUUCAAGUAUGCGAAGCCUAAUGCAGCUCAACCUCUGCAGCAACAGGCUAGAAUCCAUGCCUCCUGAGUUACCAUUUUCACUAAUGUAUCUUUCUCUUGAAAAUAACUCAAUUUCCUUCAUUCCAGAUAAUUAUUUCCAGAACCUUCCAAAAAUUAUUGCCCUAAGAUUGUCACACAACAAUCUGCAUGAAGUUUCAUAUAAUGCUUUUAAUCUGCCCAAUCUUGUGGAACUCAACCUUGGGCACAAUAAACUGCAACAAGUAUUCUACAUUUCAAGAAGCCUGCAGCAUUUAUACUUAGAAGAUAAUGACAUAGAAGUUAUGAAUAUUACUUUAAUGUGUCCUUCUAUUGAUCCCCUGAACCUCAACCAAUUGACCUAUAUCCGUGUGGACCAAAAUAAGCUCACAGCCCCAAUAAGUACGUAUGCCUUCUUCUGCUUUCCUCUCAUACGUAGUAUUUAUUAUGGUGAACAAAAAAUUAGUUCCAGCCAACGAACACAACUGAGGACUCCAGUAUUCCGAAGAUAUCUGACUCCAGAAGAAUAUGAUGAAGCAGAAGAAAACCAUGAAGCAGAAGAACACUAUGAUGAACAACAUCAAGAUCACAGAGGAAGGGAUGAAGACUAUUUUGAUCCUUACCUAUACUGAGUGAUUUUAAUAUACAAGAAACAGCAUAUCAUAAAUAAUGCUCAUUUUAAAAGCAAGCUAAAACAUUUGGGAAAUACAAUUUAUUUGUGAGCCAGCAGAAGUAGGUAAAUAUAUUCUGCUCAAUGAAACCAGCAAGUGUUUUUACUUUAAAGCCCAGUCUACACAAAAAAAGGCA